CCAGGUGGGAUAGCAAUGGCAGACAACUUGGCUGGUUUUGGCCGGUGCUUACACAUUGCACACAGCUAUAUAUACACUGUAUACUUAUAGAGAGAGAAUCAUAUAUAUCUAUGUAUGUAUGUAUUAUGUAUAGAAAGAGAAGGGGUCGUUGUGUCCUGCUUUACCUCUUCAUUGCCAGUCUGUCAUAUGGCCUCUCUCUCUCUAUAUACACACAUACAUAAGCAAACAUGCAAAACCCUGAAAAAUAGUGUUUAUUUAGUGUUGGAAGAUUUUUCCCCGCUACAAGAAUUAGGAGGUUUUAUUCAAAUUCUGAUAACUUUCAAUAAACAUGAGUCUCUUGGGGCUUGGAAGCAGAAACCAGAAAACAUUUCGUCCUAAGAAGAGUGCUCCAUCCGGUAGCAAGGGUUUGCAGCUUCAGAAGCACAUUGAUGCUACCUUGGGUAGUGGAAACUUAAGGGAAGCUGUUCGAUUACCCCCAGGGGAAGAUCUUAAUGAGUGGCUAGCAGUGAAUACUGUUGAUUUUUUUAAUCAAGUGAACCUUCUUUAUGGCACUCUCACUGAAUUCUGCACGGCAUCUACCUGUCCAACUAUGUCUGCAGGGUCAAAGUACGAAUACAGAUGGGCUGAUGGAAUUACCAUAAAGCAGCCAAUUGAGGUCUCUGCUCCAAAAUAUGUGGAAUAUUUAAUGGAUUGGAUAGAAGCUCAGCUUGAUGAUGAGUCCAUUUUCCCCCAAAAGUUGGCUGCACCAUUUCCACCCAACUAUCAGGAUGUUGUGAAAACCAUAUCCAAGCGGUUGUUUCGCGUGUAUGCCCAUAUCUACCAUUCACAUUUCCAGAAGAUUGUGAGUCUAAAGGAAGAAGCUCAUCUGAAUACUUGCUUUAAGCAUUUUGUUCUCUUUACUUGGGAAUUCCACUUAAUCGACAAGGGAGAGCUUGCACCUCUUUAUGAGCUUGUUGAGUCUAUUUUGCAAUGUUAGAAGAACCUUUUGCUUUUAUAUUUAUUUGAUUUUUUAAUUUACUGAGUAGCAUAACUCAAAAACUCGAGCUUUUGUAUUUUCACCUUGAUGAAGCCUAUGUUCGCAUACGGUUCCUGUGAUCUCUCGAUCCAAACAAAACUAGGAUGGCAUUCGGGGAAGCCCCGAGUCCCACUCCCACAUGAUCGAACUGGACUGUCUGUGGGUGGAUUAUUUACUGGUGUUAAACAUGAUACAAUGGCUCUGUUUUGAAGUAUAAAACCUAGUGAAUUAUCUUGCACUUGUUCUGUUAAAAUAGGUAAAUGGUCAUAAACUUUUUUCUGUUACCAUUUGUUCAUUUUUCUUUUCUUGAAUGAGAUGUCAUAUUUGAAGUGCUACA